AUGGACUUCACGUCGCAGUACCAGUUUGCUGGUGGCCAGCCGCAAUACCAGGCUUUCAUGAACAUCCCGCCUCUGACGCCGUCCAACUCGCACUCUGCUGGCUCCGACGACUUCAACACUACCUCUCCUCCAGAGGGUUUCGACGGCAUUCAUAACACCGACCAGUUCCAAGGCUACGACUAUAAUCAGAGCUUCCACAACCCGUCCCAACACCAAACCCCUGGCUUCCCUGGACCCCCGACUCCGCCAAACCCUGCAGCGUUUGGAAGUCAACAGUCGACGUCACAGCUUCAUCAUCAAGCUCCCGGCACAAAUGGCCAUCUUAACGGUGCGCUGUCGGCGCCCAAGACUGAAGGUGUCGACGACGGCCAGCUCCGAGCUGGUAGUGAUGACGAUGAAUCGCUGACACCAGCCCAAUCCCGACGCAAAGCGCAGAACCGUGCAGCGCAACGUGCAUUUCGUGAACGAAAGGAGAAGCAUGUGAAGGACCUCGAGGCCAAACUUGCACACAUGGAGGCGGCACAACAGCAAGCUUCCGUAGAAAACGAACGAUUGAAAAGAGACUUGCAAAAGAUUUCGACCGAAAACGAGAUUUUAAGAGCUACCUCAUCUAGCAACGGGAAUGGCAGCUCGCACUCUCCUGAACCGACAACCACGGGUCCCAUGAAAUAUAAUCCCACCGACUUUUAUUCCAACGUCCUUCAGGGUCAUCAAAACAAGUUUCCUUCACACCGUAUUGUCACUUCUGAUGACGGGGAGCGUUUACUUGCUGCAGGGGCAACCUGGGACUUCAUUAUCAACCAUGAUCUUUACAAACGAGGCAUGGUGGAUGUUGGCGAUGUCAGCGAGCGGUUGAAGUCUUGUGCUCGUUGCGACGGGCAAGGGCCUGUGUUCUCGGAACAGUCUAUUAUUUUCGCCAUGGAGCAAAGCGUCGCCAGCGGCUCGGAUGACCUUUUAUAG